CGCCCUGCGGUUGGACGCACGGAGCGCCAAUCACCAACGGAGUAGAGAAAAAGGGGAGCGCUCUGCUUUUCGACACAACCAAAGUCGUGAUCAUCUGGCGAGGACGUGGGUGGACUGCCACCUUCCCCUGUUUACCUCACCGACAUGAACACCCGCUCCUUUUCGGCGCUGAGAUCAUUGUCCAGCUCUACGUAGGUCACUCGCGACCGAUUUACUUAUCGGCCAACUCGUUUUAUUUUUUCGUCGAGUGAAAGGGUGGCAAACGUCGUCGAGAGUGGAUUCCGGAGAAGGUUCCGAUAAGACGCUUGUUGUUGUUUGCGUUGGAGGUGGAUUUCCCCUUUCCUUCGUAACCAGCCCUGCCCUCGGGGGAAUACCUCUCUCUACAUCACAUGAGUAAUGUAUCGGGAAGAAGCUCGAACGGAGGCCGUGCUUGUGGGUGGUGGAAAAAAAUUCUCGCGGUGAGUUUUCGAGCGAGGGACCAGAAAAGGGAGCCGGAGAGAGGCGAGGCUAGGCCAAGCUAGUUGGGCUAGCUGGCUAGUUCGAGGAAGUUGGGAGAGCCAGGGACAAAGCGUUAAAAAUAGAGCAGUUGACGUUGAAGUCCGAAACGGAUGAUGGCGCGGCGUUCGGUUUCUUAAGCGAAGAACUAAGACUCAGCUGCUUCGAGUUAAGCUGUAAACAAAAGGCUUCCCGUCCACCUGCUUCUUACCACAUAACUUUCGCGGGGAUCCCCGGGGAUUCCCCCUUCCCCUCGCCAUUGUUCGUAACCACGAAGCCCAGCAUGGAUUUAAAAACAGCGGUGUUCAACGCGGCCAGAGACGGGAAGCUUCGCUUGCUCGAAAAGCUCCUGGAGAACAAAGAUGUGCGCGAGGUGACCAAGUUGAUGGGCGAGAAGACGAACGGCGCCACGCCGCUCCUCAUGGCUUCCCGUUACGGUCACUUGGACCUAGUGGAGUAUCUGCUGGAGUGCUGCCGGGCGCCCGUCGAGGUCGGCGGCUCGGUCAACUUCGACGGGGAGACCAUCGAAGGCGCUCCGCCGCUAUGGGCUGCGUCGGCCGCCGGCCACCUGAAGGUGGUGCAGUCGCUGCUUGGCCACGGAGCCUCCGUGAACAGCACGACGCUCACAAACUCCACGCCGCUACGGGCGGCGUGCUUCGACGGCCACCUGGACAUCGUCAAGUACCUUGUGGAGCACAAGGCCGAUUUGGAGGUGGCCAACAGGCACGGGCAUACUUGUCUUAUGAUCUCCUGCUACAAGGGACACAAGGAGAUCGCGCAGUACCUGCUGGAGAGAGGCGCCGACGUCAACAGGAAAAGUGUCAAAGGCAACACAGCGCUUCACGACUGCGCCGAGUCGGGUAGCCUGGAGAUCAUGCGGAUGUUGUUGCAGUACCGGGCAUCCAUGGAGCAGGACGGCUAUGGCAUGACGCCACUUUUAUCUGCCAGCGUCACAGGCCACACUAACAUAGUCGACUACCUGACUGCACACCAUCAGACGAGCCACAAGGAGCGCAUCGAUGCCCUGGAGCUGCUGGGGGCAACGUUUGUCGACAAAAAGAGAGACCUGCUGGGAGCCUUGAAAUACUGGAAGAAAGCCAUGGACUUGAGAUAUAUGGACAGCAACAACGUGGUCCAUAAACCUGAACCCAAGCAUCUGAUUAUGGCCUACGACUACGCCCGGGAGGUUACAAACGGAGAGGAACUGGAUGGGCUCAUAUCGGACCCUGACGAGAUGCGCAUGCAGGCCUUGCUCAUCCGUGAACGAAUCCUGGGCCCGCAGCACCCGGACACGUCCUACUACAUCCGGUACCGCGGCGCCGUCUAUGCUGACUCUGGUAAUUUUGAGCGCUGCAUCAACCUUUGGAAGUACGCCCUGGACAUGCAGCAGAACAACCUGGACCCCCUCAGCCCCAUGACUGCGUCCAGCCUGCUGUCGUUUGCCGAGCUCUUCUCAUUCAUGCUGCAAGACCGCGCCAAGGGCCUCCUGGGCACUUCGGUCUCCUUUGAGGACCUUAUGGGCAUUCUGUCCAAAAGCGUGUUGGAGAUUGAACGGGCUGUCCGCCAAAGGCGCUCUCUGCCGCCGGAUCCCGCCCAGCUCAGCAAGGCGCUGUCCAUCAUCCUGCACCUCAUCUGUUUGCUGGAGAAAGUGCCUUGCACAAUGGAGCAGGACCACUUCAAGAAAGAAACCAUCUAUAGGUUUCUAAAGCUGCAGCCGCGCGGCAAGAACGGCUUUAGUCCGCUCCACCUGGCCGCCGACCGCAACACCACCUGCGUGGGCCGCUACCCCGUCUGCAAAUUCCCCUCGCUCACAGUCACCGCCAUUCUGCUGGAGUGCGGCGCCGACGUCAACAGUCGGGACGACGACGACAACAGCCCGCUCCACAUAGCCGCGUCCAACGGCCACUCCGACAUCAUGAACCUGUUGGUGUCGGGCGGCUCUCACUUCGAUAGCACGAACGCCUUGCAGCAGACCGCCUGCGAGCUGCUGGACGAAAAAGAGCUGGCCCGCAAUGUCGUGCAACCCAUCAACCACACCACGCUGCAGUGCCUGGCCGCCCGUGUCAUCGUCAAGCACAGCCUCUGCUAUCAGGGGAACAUCCCAGAAAAACUAGAGGCUUUCGUGCUUCUCCACAGAUAAUAAUGGAUGUUUUUUUAAAAAUAUUAUUCACAAAGUUGCCGAUUGAAUUCCAAGAGAAUUGAACAAACAAGAUUGGAUCAAUGACAACAAUGGAUUUACCCUUUUUUUUUUUUUUUUUUUUGGCUUCAGGAUGAAAAAAAAAACUUUUCAGCAUUUUCACCGAAAUGCUAUUUAUUAACAAAGAAUUGAACUUGAGAGAUUUGACAUUUUCUGGGACUUCAGGUCUUUUAUUUUCCGUUCUUUUCUCAACAUGGUUGCCAACAGCAUUUGUCAUCACAACUAUUUUACCCCCCAAUCUUACAAAUCUGGUGUGGAUUCUACAGAAGUCAUAAAAAAAGCUUUAUAUUAACAAGGCUUAGCUGACUAGGGGGUUCUGCUAACACCAUAAGUGCUUUAUUCUCUUCCUUCUAUGCACAGGCUUGGCUGUUGGAAAGAGACUGUUUUUCAUUCACUUGUAUGUGCAAUAUCCCUCAUUUGUGUUUACCUCAUCGCUACCGUCAGGACUUUGAAACCCCCCCCCCGAUCACAAAUUGGCCACCUUUGGAUACCAGUGUUCCAAAAUGGCUACUGCCUCUGCGUUUUUCAAUUCCCGACAGUAAAGACUUGGGAGUAAUCACGUUUGCACAUUCUUGCUUUGUUUUUAAUAGAUUUGUGGCUUUUGGAGAGCAGAGAGAAGAAAAAAAGGGCUUUUUCAUCAUUUGUAAGACUUCAUAUUGCAAUGCAUUAAUUAUUCCCCUGGUUUUCUUCCACAGAAGAGUUUGACAUUGAAAAAAAAAAAGAUGACUCCCAGGAGCGACUUGGUCUGAAUCAGCACUUUAUUGACAGCAGAGAUUAAGAUUGGAUAUAUCAUUAAUCCUGUUCACAUUUUAACAAACCAGUUUGACAAUAAAUCCAUGUUGCACUUG